AAUAUUGCCUACUUUGAUUCCAUAUUUUAAAAAUAAGCAUAAUGUCUGACGACGGAGUUGUUGCAGAAAAGAGGAAUCGUGGAAGAGCCCCAAAACUGAAUGAUGUAAACGACAAAGACUCUAAAGAAACUAAAAAACGAGGCAGACCAGCAAGCAAAGUACCAGCUAAAGCUGAUAAGAAAAUUGAAAAAGAAGUCGAAAAUGGUGAACCAGCUGCUAAAAGAGGUCGUGGAAGACCAAAGAAGGGUCCAAAAAAGGCUAAAGCUCCAUUGUCAGGAAGAGGACGAGGCAGACCACCAACAAAAAAGGUAGAGAAAGAAGAAUCUGCAGAAGAAAAUGAUGAUGAAGAAGAGGUAGAGGAUGAAGAUUAAAUUCAAAUUGUAUCUCAUACUAUAUACUUCGCCAUUAAUAUUACAUUUAUUUAAUAAGGAUCAAGAAUAAUUUUAAUUUUUAAUUUAUUGAUUUCGGAACAAUUUAUAGGCUUAGAAUAGGUUUAUAAUUAUUUUGUUCUAUUUCGUGAUUUAAAAAGAAUUAACAAUUAAUUGGUAAACAUUGUUUUUUCAAAAAGAAACAUUUUAAGAAGAAAAAAACAUAAAAAAUGUAAUGCAUUUAUAUUGUGUCAACUGUAUGAUUGUUAAUCCAAUUUUUCAUUUGUCAUAAAUAUGAUUUAUUUUAUUUAAUGUUUGCAUAGAUAGUAGCCUACCCUACAAUUAUUGAAAGUAAUUUUGACUACUUUUUAUACAUAUAUUUAUAUUAUUUUUUUUUUUUUUAUCAUUUUCUAUUUGUCUAAUUUCUACCAUUAUAUUUAUACUAUAAAAACAGAUUUAAACAUUCUUAAUAUUUAUUGGUGUGUACAUUCUGAGUUACUCUUUCAUUGCAUUAAUAACGGACUUAUGAAUUAUAUAAUCUGUAUAGAUUUGUACUUACCUACUUACGUAUAAUAUUUAAAAAUGACUAUUGUACCUGAAAGUAUUGUGCAAAUAAUAAAAUAAUGUAGGACUUAUAA